AUCUGCCUCUCGUCGUUAAUGUUAAAUUUAUUCGGGGAUUUCUUGUGAAGCGACUUCUUGGCGGAUGAUAAAGGACUACCUUUAUUCUGGAGGUGAUGGUUUUGUAAUAGAGCACCCAGUUAUUUCGACAGCGAUUAUCACGCAAUACCAUUAUACGGAUCAGAAAGCGCGUUGUUUUGUCAUGCCUCUAUCAAUCAGCUAGAAUGUGCGUGAACUUCAUCUACAAAAGCAGUAUUUUUCUUUUCAGCCUUUGAUGAGUGUAUAUUCACGCUACAAUUGUGUCUUCAACAGCGUACAUAUCUGUGUAUUUGUGUGGGUACUUACGGCAUGAAUAAGGGACGAAAUUCGAGCGCCUUGCAAUCAACUGUACAUUUUUUAUCGUCGAGUACCUUGUUGGCGAAUGGUUCUGACCGAAAACGUUCUGUAGUUGAGAUUUGUGGUUUUAUGGCUGAAUUGUAAAGAGAUUAUGUCUGAAGAGACCAAAGAGAGCUUAGGAGUGAAUUUUCGAUCAAAGGAAACAACUGAAUGUACAUCGAGCACUACUGAUGCAUUCCUCGUCCCGUUUGGGGAGCUCGACGAAUCGCCGGUUGAACAACAAGACCUUAGCGGACUGCUCAGGCAAGUGAUGUGUUUGUUUCGGCUUGUUUUGUUGAUAAACUUGUCCGCAAUUUGACCUCGACCGUGUCUAUUCAAUACUGAUAUUUUGUUUAUUGAAGUCAGGCUUUGUUAGCGGUAUUUUGUCAUUCUGUUAACACAGGAUAGGGGAAAGGCGUACCGGAGCUUUUAUCAACGGAUUUGACGGCAAAUUUCUUUGCGACGAAGCUAGCAGUUCGUAAGUACUAUUUGCUGUCAUGGUAAUUAGUCACAUAUAUUUCAGAGCCAGAUUAAGUUGGAAUAGUGGCCUAUUAAUAAAAUGUCUCCGGGCGAUAUUGGAACGAUGUGUAAUUCACCACCGGUUGUUUCCCGUAAAUUUGCACCGAAUGUUCUGUGGCAUGACCAAGCUGUCAGUGACUCAAAAAAGUACGGUAGAAUAAUUAAAUUUUAAUGAUUCCUUAAUGAUGAAAGCUUAAACCAUGGAACCUUCGAAUUGAAGAUUUAUAGUGAUAUUACUACAAAUGUGCUACAAUCAGAAAGAGAGAACUAUGUUUUGACUAGUCUCAAACACAAAGAAAGCUAAUUUUUCUUAAAAUUACAACUUAUUUAUUUGCCUCAUCUAGAGAUAGAAAUAAAUUAAACAGGGCACGUUCAUACUCAGAUUCAAACUUUAGAUUGGCUAUGUAUGUAAUAAAAUGAAAUUAGAAACUGAAAGGACAAGUGAUUUUUAAGUGGAUGAAUGCCUUCAUGCUUUGCAACACUGCAAUUAAUUCUCCAAUAUUCUUUUUUUGGUCAAAUUUUUAAACAAUCUGUCAUGAGAUUUUCAAAAGUUUUUGUCUCUUCAGAUUUUACACAUUUUAUGAACUGUAUUCUGUAGUUUUUGUGUGUAUAAAUAUACACAGUUUGUAGGAAAUAUUGAGUUUGUAAUUGAUGAAAUUCACAAUAUGAAAAUUACAUGGAUCAAUGAACAAUAGAAAAGCAUAUUUAUUAAAUGUAAGUUCCUAGGCAUUGAAAUCAAUUACUUAUUGAAACAUUACAAUUUAUUUGCAUCAUUGUAAUAUAAGAAUUCCUCCUUUUUUUCUUGUUAACAUUAUUCAUGUUUGUAAUAGUAAUUCAGAAAAAAACAUGACAGAGGGUGACACCAAGAAAACCCAUGUGUUAAGUCUGUUCAAUUUAGCUUCUAUUGUAAUUGACAGCUUAAGUAAAUCAAAUGUUUUAAGCCUUUUUCUUCCUAAAUAAGCUCUGCUAUGGUUAAUUUCCUAAAAGAAAUUAUUAAUUGUAAAUAUUUUUGGAGACAAAAAAAGGUGUUACACUCAGUUGUUUGACAUGUCCUUUAAAUUUACUUGGCUCUGUUGCAUUAAACAAGCUUAAAUGGACACAAUUUUUAAUGUAUACAGUUCACCCAAACAUAAGCUACACUAAAGCCUCUCUGAUUAUUGGCUCUUGGGUCAGAGAGGACCCAGUUUUAAUAUCCGUGUCUUCUUAAUAGGAUGUACAUUGAGAUUUAUUUGUGUUUUACAAGGAUUUCCAUCCCUGAGAAAAGCUGUAACUACAUGCUUGUUAAAUCACAUUCUUUUUUGUGUUCAAUAUUGCCAAUCAGCUGCUGACAGGUCACUCACUUUUCACCUCAUUCUGUUAUGUGAAUAAAUGAACAAGAUAGCAUUUACCAAUCAUUCUCAAUCCAAGGUUGUUUUUCAAAUUUUCUUGGGUAUUCAUUUAAUAUGGGUCAGCUAAGCACUGCAAAAAUUGUUUUUAUUGGUCAGUUAAUUGUUUGAUAUACAUUUAAUAUUUUGGAAUGGAUUUUAUUGAUUGGCAUAGAACUUGAUUACACAAACUCUGCUUUAAAACAUUGUCCAGUGCUAAAUUAGCAGCUCACUAUUAAUUUUAAUGUAGAAUAAUUCUUUUAUUUAUCAAAAUAUAAAUGGAAAUGUUGAAAGGAUUUUAGUCAGAUCUUUGUUUACUAAUUUCUUGUCAAGGACAUCAAAAUGUCUUUUCAAAAAUAUUGCAUCAAGCUCCAUUUGACUGCUGUUGAAUCAUGUACUCAGAAUAUAAGUCCAAGGGCUAGACUGAAAUUUUCUCUAAAUGCAAGACAUUAAACAGAUAUCUCCUUUUUCUAGGCCCCGGAAACCACAUCCAUUGCGUAGCCCAGUGAACAGCACCCAGACCUCCGUUUCAAGGAAAGUAGCUGUUACUUCUGUCUCAGAGAAUACAGGGAAAACUCUGACAUCAAAAGACUAUAGGAAUUUCUCCAAGGCACCUCUCAAGUUGAAGUUUCCAUUAUCUCCUAGAGGUAAUUCAUAAUCUUUGCUUAUAAAAAUAAAGCAGUAUUUAUAAUAAUGUUAUGUUGCUUGUGUUAUGUAAGGGUUAGAGGUUGCAUGAUUAUUUUUUUUUCUUCUAUUAGUAAAAUAACAUUUAUGAUUUAUCAACUCUGGCAAACUCAUAAAUUAUGUAGUAAUAAGAAAUUUAUGUGUACAUUCAAACAAAUCUUGAACUGCUUGUUAUUUCAGAAGAUGUGUAUAUUUAUUUAGCAGUGCACUGUUUUUAUGCUUUCAUUUUCUGAACCAAAAAUGUUACAAGUGUUUAACAACUAUUCAUGGAAGUUGAGGUGGGUAGUGGGGGAUAUUUACUGAGCUACGAACACUAAGGUUGGUUAAGAAUACAGCUAUUUUGUUUGUAAGGGUGACUUUUAUGUUUAAACUUGAUAAAAAACAAAAACAAAAAAAGAAUAAGGUGGCCCCAAAGAAUGAACAACACAAUGUAACCUCAACAAGAGUGAAUUUGAAAUCACCUAAAGAACAAUGUAUACAACAUAAUAUUCUAUUGUUUUGUUCCUCUUGUAUUCACAAGUAUGUCUGCAUUUAUCCUGUGUUCAAUUUAGUCCUUUUGCCUGAGGUAAUUUGUUUCACUUCGUAAAAUUCAUUGAUUACAGGUAUAACCAAAUUACCUCAAGUUUCAAAAUUGUUGCCUGCACUUUUUCCUUUUUUGCAACAACCUUUCUGCAAACAGCUGUACACUGAAACAGUUAUAUAAUAUAGCACAAAAAGAUGAUUUUAAUUUAUUUAUUUCUACAAUGAUUACAAUAUAUUUGGGCGCAAGUUUCUCAGAGGUGAAAAGUAAGGGAUAUAUUGGGAGUUUCAGUUGCCAAUCAGAGUGCGCCUUUAUCGCUUUACACUGUUUUAGACAUAUACCAAAUAACAUCAUACCAUGCAUAAAUGUUUUGAUAAUUUUCAACUGCAAACUCUCCUCAUUCUGUAAAUCCAGUGCUGCGCUCAUGCAAACUGUGCCAUCAAGCUAGCUGGGAGGAGCAGCUUAUAAUCAGAGUUCAUGAUAUACCCAUAAAAGAAUGAACGUAAGAAAUAAGAUCAAAAGAAAUCCCAUGUUUUGGACGCAAGUAUUAUGAUUUUUGAUUAUAGAAAGAUCAAACUUUACCCCUGCAAAAUGACUUGUGGGGGACAUAAAGUGUGAUGAAAUAUUUAUCCCUAUUAGCCUUAGUAUAGCAGCAGCUUAUUUGACACUUAAUUUAUGCAAUAGUGUUGGUUUUUUAUCUAUUGAUAAGAUAUAAUGGGUGUUCAAUUUAAUUAGCCAUCAUUUGAAGCAAUUGGAUGUUACAAACAUUUUAAUUCUAAUAGAAAAUCUAUUUUUUUCUCUGCUACUAUUUGUAUUAUUAUUAGUCAAAAAAUUUUAAAUGAAUUACUUACUCGAUAUGGAAAUGACACUGCAUGUAAUCAGUCUGACACUUUGAAUAUUUUGAGAACUAACUUACUAACAUGGCUCACAAAGACUAGACUUAAAGUAUUUAAAAAUGCAACAAUAGAAUAAGGCCAAUAUUCAGGUAUUUUAGUUAUUUUAUAUGGUUAAAUUAUUCUAGAUGAAGUAAUUUGAAUUUGCAUCAGAUGGCAAUCCAAUAAUAGCAUGCAGGCUUAUUUUGUCUAGGGUUGUGGCAAAGUGCCAGCUGCCAGCUAAAUUCAGCAGCUAAAUUUGGUGGCUAAUUAUCUGGGGGCUAAUUUUAAUGGCUAAUUUUGCCAGCUAAAUGUGGCAGCCAAAAGUGACUUCUAAAUUUGGCAGCUAAAUUCAGCAGCUACAUUUGCUCUCUAAAUUUGCUGGCCAAACUUAAAUUUGCUGGCCAAACCUAAAUUUGCUGGCUUUAUUUUCCAAACACAGAGUUGGCCAUAUCAGACCGUGAAAUUGUGCCUAAUACAGGUGCCAAUGCAACUAAAUUUUUCACUUUGGCGACCAAAUCCUGAAAAUUAGUCACCAAAUUGGGAACUAGAAUGUUUCAUCAUAACCUUACUUAGAGAUAUAGUGAAUUAAAAAGAUUUGCAAACUAAAAGGUAAAUCCACAGCAGACUUCCUUGUUAAGUUUGUUUCCAAAACGCAGCACAUGCAUCUCAAUCAAAACUGGAUGCCAUCUUGGAUUUAAGUGAGCUUGAAUGUUGCAUAUCAUCCAUCCUAGUGUCCACUUUGUAGCACGUUAAAGGUCUUUUCCCUAACUUAAUUUCUAGAAUGAUGACAGCGUUAAAGAAAGGUUUUGUUUGUCUUUGAAAAUGGCAACCAACUUUCUUUGAAUUGGCUACCACUUUGAAGAAUUUAGGAGCCAAGUGGCUAUCAGAAAAAAAAUUAAUUUCACACCCUGCAUAUGAUAAACAUACUUCCCAUGUCAGUCAAAGUGAAGACUUGUUACAAUUUUCCCUUAAUUUGUGUUUUGUAACUACAGCAGCAGCAUGGAAUCUUGAGGAGGAUGAAGAUAGUGGAAUAGCUAGUGGAAGUACUGAUGGAGUGCCUUUUGGUUACACAUCGGGAGGCUUGUAUUAUUCUACAGAUGUACAUCUUCAAACACUUCACACACUGGUAGGAAUUGCAAAGCUUGUGUUUAUUUAGCUAUUUUUAUGAGAUCAGAACAAGUCCUUGACUAAUGAUUAUAGGUAGGGAAUGGUAUUUUAUUAUUGGCUUGUUAAUUUAUAGGGUAAAUGUAGGGGAUCUACAAAAUAUUGUAUACCUAUUCUAUUACUUCUUGAAAUUAGCAUGUAAACUUCACAGCUUUGGUGGCUACUAAAAAUGUUUUACAGGAAGUUUUUGACUUUUACCAGUUCUGUUAUCUUUUGCUUAACUCCGCUAAAAAUCUUAUUUGUUAAAAUAUGAUUUAUUUUAAGGAGUUUAAGGGCUUCUUGAUUCACCCAAAUGAAAAUCAAAGCUAAAAUUAAACCACAAGGCAGAAAUAAAGUAGUCAAUAAUACAAGCAAGGGUAAGCGUAGAGGUGGUGGACAAGUGAUUGAAUUAAUUAUUCACUCUAAAUGUCAGGGUAAUGAAGAGGAAGCUGUAACUCCUCCUCUGGAGAAGAAGCAAAGGUAAUCUUGACUAAAAUAGGGUUUUACUUCAUUUAGGUCUAUGUAUAGCACUUGUGACUAUUAAUUGUAAAAGGAGACAUGAUUGGUGCUUUUAGGUGAUGGAGCAAAAUUAAACACUAAAAUUACUACUUCACUUAGAAUGAACAAUUUGUAAUGUAGAUUAAAGCUAAGUUCACCAACUUUUGCAGUGGUUUGAAGCAAACAAGAAUUAGUAAACUGGCCAGACGGCUCAGCCAAAGAAAAGAGAGAGGGAAUAUGAGGUAAUAGAGUACUAGUCAGGCUUAAUCAUGGCCUUAUCUACAAAAUUCUAUUACCUAAUACAGCUAUGAUUUAUUAUUAUUGGAUACUAAGUUGGUAUACAUUUUCCAAGUCUAGCAAAACUGUGAAAUUUCUACACAUGAAUUGUGUCUUUAGACUUAACCCUCAACAGUUCCAUGAGUGACCAAGAUAGAAUUUCUCCUUGCGAUAUCAAUACAAUUUGAAGCAGACAAGUAAUAGGAAAUGUAAAGAAAAAUAUCAAUAAGGGUUAGUCAAUCCAAUACCAAGUUUUCCAAACUCGCAUGAUGAGAAUUGUAUGGCAGACUGUGAGGAGAAUAACUAAUGAGAUCUUGGGAAUGAAAGGGUAAAAACAUCACUAAUGCCAUAGCACCUGAUGCGUGUAUAGGUGCACACUGUGCAUGCACAUAUGCAUGCACUGGUUGAUACAUUCAUUCAACCUGUGAUUGAAACACGAACCUCAGAAAGAACACAUGAGAUUGUUUUAUUUGUGAGCCCUAAAAUGACUUCAAGUCUGUGAAGAAAAAAAAGAGAAAGUAUACAGAGGAGUAAAGGGAAUUGAUAGCUUGGCAGUAAGAGUCCCACGUCUGUUUUGUGUUGUGGGCAUUGAUUUGUGGGCAUAAGUUUAUAGGAGUUUUCUCUCCAUUAAGACUGGGACAUCGCUUUAUGAGAAGAGUACAUUUAAUAUUUUUUAUUAAGUUGAAACCUUUGACACACUUGAACUUAGAAAAUGUUGAUUUUGUUCCUCAUAGGAAUCAAGGAAGAUCUCACAGUUUAGAAGAUAUUUCAUCCCCAGCAGGACCAGGAGCAAUCCAUGGAAACAACAAAUCACCAAGGUUACAGCGCACCAUGUCAGUUAAUCAACGUUCCUCCCCACGGACACGGCUCUCUGUCCAAGAGAAUAGAUUCAGUUUUAAUAACAAAGGUACUUGGGGGCAGUGAUGCAGUAAAGCAUUGUAUAUUAUACACAAGCUGAAUUAAGCACACAUUUUGUUAGUUCUUAUGAUCUAUUGGAGAACUGAUGUAUAGAUGACCUCACCAUGCACAAUUAUUUGCCUCUUUAUUACACAAAAAAAAAAAGAUUCCAUAUUGCUGUGUGCUUGUUCAGUAAUAUAUCACAGGAGACAUCAAAAUGUGGUAAAAAUCAGUCACACCCUCAGCUGUGUCUUGUGUGUCACACCUUUGUCCUUACUAUGUUUCGACAUCAUCUGGGAUAUAUUAAUGAACAGAUGUGCACCAAAGUGGAAUCUAUUUGUUAAUUGUACUAACCAUGAGGCUUGGUGGUAAUCCAUGUUUUUUUUUUUUCUGUUACUUUUGUUUUUUAUCUUUGUUUGUUUGUUUGUUUUUUUUUUUGAGAGCAAAUUAAAGUUAAACUUAAUAUGUAAUAGCUCUGUGGUACAGUAAGUGAUAAAGUGUCACUGAUGUUGUUUGUUCCAAAUUAAGAAUAGAAUCUAACUUUUGAUAAAAGUGCAUGCCCGAAUAUUCAAUAAUGAUAGCCACAUGCAGAGCUAAAUUAAUGACAACCACAGAUGAAAAAGAAUAUUUUCAGUAAACUAAAUCAGCAGUUCAAGGUAUUCUAAUAAUAACUACUUAACUUAAUUAAACUGUGAUUGUUAUUGGUGUUGAUUGUGAAUUCUGAUUUUUUAAAAGAUGUAAGAGAAAAAUCUAAGAAAAAGAGAGACACCAGUUUAGAUGGUAGGUACUCAAUUUGUCUCCAUCAUCUGAAUAAACUGUUUCAGAGGAAAUACAAAUCUUUUCAUAGCACUAAGCUCAACUACUUUCCUACCUGCCUUUUGGCAACCUGGGCCCAGUUGUUCAAAGGCCAAUUAGUCCUAACCCAGGGUUAAAUUUCAAUCCAGGUUUCCUUAUUUCUUUGUUCAAAUUCCUUUUAGGGAAAAUUUCCCCAUUGUUUUUCAAAUUACAAGCAAAAAGAUUUCAACUGAAUUUCCUUUUGAAGCUUUCAGACCUCAAAUCAAAUUCCACUGUCCCAGGGUUAUCCUAACCCAGCUUUGAACAACCUGGGCCUGAAUCAUAAUAUGGUCAGAAGGUAUGAAAUUUUAGUCCAACACUCUGAGCUGCAAAGUCCAUGUCCAUGUCCUUGUCGUGCACCCUGGCUAAUGUCCUAUAGUAGGGGAUAGCCUGUCAGGGUGAAGUUGGGUGGGGACUUUGUAUCCCACGGCCGCUAUGGUAACCACAAGGGCUUGAUUGUAACCCAGAGAUGGAGUAACAAACAGAGCUCUGGUGAAGCUACAAAGACUAACCUUUUAUGCAAGAAGAAAUCAAGCAAGGAACAUUUUAAGUUUGCUAAGAAGAACAUUGUAGGGAGGGAGGCAAAGAGAAUUGACUAAAAUAGGAUCUGUUGGAGUUCCAUGGUGUAAUGAGUUUGGUUGUGAUGACAAGUAAAGAAAAAUCCUGUAAACUAAAUUUUUAGAGCAAGGUUAGGAGUCAAUAGGAGCUCUAGAUCUAACAUAACUGAACAUAGCAAGACUAUUAUGAAACAAAGUGGCAUACCUGCUAUGCAAGUCAUGAAGCAACUUGCACCAACCAUAAUACAAUUUUUUGUACAACACAUUGUUUAAGACUUUCUCAUUUACCAUUCUCAGCUCUUGUUGAUGCGAUUGUCCGCAAAGAAACUGAUGAAAUUAGGAAUAUUUUGGAGUCAGAGGAUGUGGAUAUCAAUGGGUAAGGAUAUCAUUAACAAGUUAUGAUAUCACAGUAGAAGCAGAGACAAGGGUAUCAAAAUCCUUUUAAGACCAAAGACCUCAAGAAUUGAUGAUUAUCUUAUUUUCCCUUUCCAUGUCACCAUAGAAGUAUCGAUUUCUUUGUCCCAUGCUUGUGACAAGAUGAAAAACAUCUUCCUCUAUCCCUGUGCCGUUUCACAAAUUUAAAUGUACACAUUGUUAUAACAUUGUGACUUCUUAUUGGCUGAGGAGUUUAUUUUUUGCCUAAAUGCACAUUUCUUGUAUUGACCUGGACAUUUUUCAGUUAAACAGUAUGUUGCAUCAUUCAAUAUUCCUUUGAAAUUCUUAUUCAAUUCAUAAAUGUCAUCAUUUGUAAAAGAAAUACAUUUGUAACUCUUGGUUGUUUUUUUUACUAUUCUUAAAUUAUUUUGUAUUGGUUAUUCAGGGUAAAUGAUGAUGGAUUUGCACCUCUUGAUGUGGCUGUCAUGCUUGGAGUGUUACCCAUUGUCAGAAUGUUGUUGUUAUAUGGUGCUCAAGGAAGCUCAAGUUGUAAGUUUUAGCCUUAUCAAUUUUCUUUUUUACAGUUGAGUGUUCCCUUGUAGUACCUGGGGGACAAAGGAGUGUUGUUCACUUUUGGCACAGGCCAUGAAGACAAAUUAUUUUCUCUUUACGUAAUCAAAGCUGUUUACCCUUUCACUGCCAAGAUCUCCUUACUGUGAGACAGACAUUUCUCAUGAUGUUUGAUCAUAAGAUGUGAGAAUUUGGUGUCUGAUAAACUAAUUAACCCCUAAUUAAUAUUUUUCUUAAUUCCCAUCACUAGUCUGCUUGAUGUUGUACUGGUAUUGUAAAGAGAAAUUCUGUCUUGGUCACUUAUGUGAGUCAAAGGGUUAAGGGUUGUCUGCUUGAGAAAGUUUUUAAAUAUUUAGCUACACUGUUCAUCAGUUGCAAAUUAACUGCUGUUUUGAGAAAUUUCUUCCAAACAUUUCUGUACUUUGACUUUUGAUCACAACAAAACAUGCUUCUGUCAGAUGAAAUUGCUUGCAAACUUCAUGCUGACUAACUCUCAUGUUUGCUAGUAAAAUCAGUUUAGUGACUUACCUGACUUACCUGACUUACCUGACUUACCUCUUAGUCCAUGUUUCCAGGGUGAAUGGGAAUUUAGAAUUAUGGUUUUUUGUUGAGGGGGGACCCAGAGAAAAACUGUUGGUGCAAGGGCGAGAACAUAGUAACAAACUCAACUUGUAUGUGAUGCUAGAUCCAGGAAUAAACCCUGGGUCAUAGCAGUGGGAGGCAAGCUCACUCACCACUAACCCUAUGAUGUCAUCAGGGUUGAACUCUACAGUGAAAAGUACACUUCCAAAAAAGGAAUAACACAAGAAUUAAAAAAAGACUUGUCUAUGGAAUUAUGAAGAGUUAUAAAGGAUAUUUCCUCAAAGUACAUAAUGCUUCACAUUGAAAACACCUCACCUAUAUCAUUUGCCUCACAAAAUUAGAGAACCUUAAGAGAUAACACACAGUCUGAACUUGUAAUAUGUUUGUAUCCCUUGACAAAUUUCAUAACAAUGAUAACUGGUUAAGAUGAAGGUCAAAAUUUUAUGUGUCUCUGUUAAACUUUCUGCUAUUUUGCUAAAUUUUCUAGUAAUUCUAUUGAUGACAUUUGUUCUGUUUCAUCAGUACCAAGUUCAUACCUUGCCAAGCACAUAAACAUGUUGUUGAAGGAAGCAGAGCUAAGAGUGGAUGACCUCACCACAGCAGUGGUGCAUGUCAGCUACACUACAUCAUCUGAAGUAAAGGUAAUUCACAUUGCUCUGAUUGAUUUCCUAUUGCAUACCAACAGAAAAAUUUCCCUUGAAAAAUCCCCCUCCCCCCGAUCAAUGUCAUUAUACGAGUAACUGCACACCAGCUCCUCCCCAGUUACCCAACAACAGUCACAUGAGAACAACUGGGCUAGGGGUGCAGUUGUUCAGAUACUGACUAUGGUUACAGCUAUAACCUGUUUUGGUGAAUAAUUAGAAAAAAGGAUUUUUGUGGUUACUUUAGAGCAUAUUUUCAGAACUCAGUGAUGACCAGGGAAUUAAUCAUCAAUUUGUGUCAUCUUCAGGAAAAUGAGAGGCUUUUUCAGGAGUGGUUAUGGAGGAAACACUUACUUGAACAAAUGAAGAAAGGACUUUUAAAAAUAGGUAACAGAUGGUACAAACAAAAGAUCUUUAUCUAUAUCAUAUCACUUCUUUUGUCCAUAGUCUAAUUCCUUGGGUGAAUUUCUGAUAAUUAUCAGCAUAGAGAAUGUGGAAUAACUUGUUAACUUUUAAUUAUCAUAAACUCAAAAAUUUUGCUUCAUCAUCUGUCAAAAAACAUUCUGAAGCUCCUAGCCAACUAGCAAUUUCAUUUCAUCCUGCUAUCAAUUAUCACUGUUUCAGACAUCUGGAAGAAGGAACAAACCAAAUAGUUGGUAUUGUCACAACUUGGGAAUAUGAACUUUUGAGCUCUAGAAAACUUAUCAGUAUUCAUGUUUUUCAUAAGAUCCACAAUGUGAUGAACAGUUGUGUAAGAAGUACUUUUUAUGAUGUAUUUCCAUGUACAACUUCAAAGUUUGCAUUUCAUUAAAAUCCACAGUAAUUGUCAUAGGGAUCAGAGAAGCCGGAUAUGGUUGUAUUUUUACAGAUGAUGCUUGUUAUUUCCUGUCAAAUUCAUCGCACCAUUGCUAUACCACUCCAUAUUGUUAAUUGACAUGCAGUCACAUUACUAUCUUUUGAAAUUCACUUUACAAGACAAAAACCUCUCAGAGUUGUAACUAUAAACCCUAGAAAUAUAGUCAAAUAUAACUCCUUUGCUCCCUUUGUAAUUGUAUCAAGUAUUCUCAUCCUAACAUCAAAGUUAAAAUGUUUCCUUGAAACUUGGCAGUGAUGAUGUAAUAAGCUGAGCCCAAAUAAAUGAAAUUCAGGUAGAGACAGUUUAAUUUUUCCUUUGUCAGAACCACCGGACAAGCCAAGUGGUGUUACAAUAUCAGUUGCUUCUGAAGACUCACUGCUUGUUCGUUUUAUUGAACCACUCAAUGAAAAAGUUAUUGUAUCUAAGUAUAAAAGUGAGUAUCAGUUCCAUAUGCUAUACUUAUAGUCAAACCCCCUAGAUCCUAAGAUUAACAUAUCACUUCUCUGCACCGUGCUACAUACAUUUCUUUCAAUUUUGGCUUUGAGAAUUUGGUUUCAAAUCAAAUAUCCUCAAAGUUAUGGUUUCUUUAUCCUUUCAUAUUGUCCCCUUUUUACUUGAAAGUAUAUCAAUAUUGUGAGGAGGGAUUUUUUUGGUCACACCUGGGAUUGAAAGGGCUAAGCUGGCACCUGCUCUCCUAUUUCAGUCCAAGAGUUUCUCAAAUUUGAGGUAUCCCUGCACCAGGCCUCCUAGUCCGUGAUCCAGCCGUGGUCACCAUUCAGCUGUCUCUGAUCAGGGUUUUCCCCUCAACCUAAGCAAGAUUUGCUGUUUGUCUGUUUCGGAGUUUUGAGAGUUUGUUUCUAAUUUCAGUUCAAUGGAGUAAGUUCCCAGACUUCAAGAUUAUGGAAGGAGAAUAUGUCCACCAUGACCUAAGGUCACAAGAGUACACAAUAUGUAAUUUGCAGAAGGUUUGUAUUGAAUAAAUCUGUCCCACAUAUAAGCACUAAUUGUAAACCAUGGUGAAUGGAAGGCCGUAAGAGUCGUUUGGACAAGGAAGGGUUUGAUAAAUAGUCAUUAAUACACGGGCACGUGUAGACAUGGAAUUUCUUUUUGAAGGUUGAACUCGAUAUCUCACGAGUGGGUGUGGCAAUCGAGUGUGUUAUGGAGUAGAACACGAGAAGAUAAAUUCCACGUGUAAUUUUACACAUGUGCAGUUUCGGCUUUUCUCAGGGUUAGGAAUCCUUGUAAAAAAAACCGCAGUUUAAAAAUUUGCGCUUUUUUUAUUUUGACAUAUCCUCUUUGUUGUCUUCUUUAUGUUUCUGACCAUUUAUUUUUCGGGGUGUCAAUUUAAUGUUGGGAAUGUUACGCAAGUUUGUAUUUGUAUUUUUAUUUGUAGUCUGUGUUAUACUAUGUACGUGUUUGCUGUGGAAAUCUAAAAGGUUUUAGUCAAUGGCUGGAAUCCAGUCCUCCAAGUGCAAUGCCAUCAAGUAUGUUGUUGUUUUUAUUUAGCUAGCGAUUGCUUAUGGUAACGAUGGGUAGCAAGUGACUAAAUCUACAACUUUGCUUUGGAAAGUUCAAUAUUCUGAGGCGUGAAGAAAAGGAACAAUAUAUUUUUUGACAAAUCACAGAAACUUCCAAAAUCUUCUUGCAACCACAUUUGUGGGCACCAUUCUUUCCCUCUGUUACCUGGAAUAUAGAGCUCCAAAUUCUUCGCAGAUGAGGAAAAAGUAGCGACAGCAAAAUACAAAUCAAGGAAUACCAACAGAUAAAAUGCAUAUCAGUCUGUUAAGUGAAGGGGGAGAAAAACUAACAUGGCAGUUAACGUUCUGUAUUGAGGUUAACUAGCGUCUAAAUUCUCACCAAGGCAUCACAGUUGCAUCAAGCAUAAGGCUUGUGAGAAUGAAGAAAAUUAUCGCAAACUCGAAAAUCUCUUGAUUUUCAAUUACAUUUUCCUUACCAGUGCCUUAAGAAAUGUAAACAGAGCAGUGUGGAGAAUAUACAUGCUCAUGUUAGGGUUUAAAGGGUUAAACGUUCUAGGUUUUUUUUUUUUCUCAAAUCUGUAAAUUAUUCUGCAGCAUGGCACGAAGUAGAUGACUCUAAACCUCGUUUCCAAGGGCGACUCGACAAAAUAGAUCAUUUAUUUAGUCGGGUGUGGCAGAGCCAUGAGGAAUUCUCACCAGUUCGACCAUCACUAGCGCACAGACCACGAAGCAACACAUAUGGCAACGAAACAGGUAAGAAACAAGGCUUAAUUUUUGUGCUCUUCUAUUUCCUCCACAAACUUUCUUAUUAGCUAACAAGAUGAAACGAUAACAAGGAGCUUCACUGCCAAGAUCGAAAAAUACCACCUCAUUUUCAUUAUACUAACCGCUUGCGAUAGAUUGUCAUGUCAUCCUGGGGGAGCAGUAACACAUUUAGUCGCUGCAUUUUACAUGUAAACUGGGAUAAGCUGGGGCGGAAUGGACCACUUGGCUCCAGCACAGAUUUAAAUUAGAUGUACAUUGCUCCCUGUUAACAGUAUGCAUGACGUUUUUGGAUGCAUUUUGUUGUCGGUUUUAUUUUUAUGCAUGUUUGCUCUAAUUUACACUUUGACAGGGUGCGAAGCUGGUGCAUCGCCAAGGACAAGUCGUAAGUCAGCCAUGAAAAAGAGUCUAACAAAGUACACUAAUCUACUCUUCCAUUCGGCCCCAAAAUUUGCCAGACAUCUAAAGAGGUAAGAAUGAUUAUUUAUCGUUUUUCCUUAAGUGUAUACUAAUGAGAUUUGUUUUGAUUGUGUGUAGCGUCAAUCAGCUAAAUUCCAGAAUGUACACCUUAAGUUUUGACGGCAUAGUCAAUACAAGUCUCUUCCAUGAAGUUGACUUGUGGACAAAAUGUUCGACAUGUUUUUUCGUCGUUCCUUCGUUUCUUCGUUUCGUUAUGUCACUGUGGUUCUUCGUUUCGCGUUGUCGUGCCUUUUUAUCGUCGUUUCGUGAUGUCACUGUUUGUUUCGUUUGACCCUUCGUUUCGUUUCUUGGAUGUUUUGUGUCGUCGCUUUGUUUCGCCGUUAUAGACCGCGCUCGACUGGGAAUGAGUCGAGGAACAUUACAUGAUGAAACAACAAGUCAAUCAUUUUGAUUCCAAGUUAACUUCACGCUCUUCAAUCGGAAAAGUGAAUGCUUAUCGUCCUUUGAGAUGAGCAAUAUAUCACCUCAUGGUCAUAAAAAAGUCCCUACAGGACAUCGAAUGAACUCAACUCAAUUCAUUUGUCGCAUUGCAUUUGAACUGAACAAUAAGAACGUUCGUUUCUACUUGAAUCUCUGCCAUGGCAUCUCAGAAAAAUUGACUGAUUUGUUCUGGGACACCUUCAUGAUGUAUGCUUUUUGGCGGAAUAUACAUCACGUGACUCUGAUCAUGACUGACUGUCACAAAGGUUUUAAAACGUUUCUAGUCUCAGACAUUCUUACUUUUUCUGGAUAAACUUUGUUUGAUAGCAAGAGUACUGACUUUCCGAUUGAUUGUCGUAAAACCAAAACCAAAGUUAAAUCACAAAAUACCUUUAGGGGCAAUCGAGAACUCGAAGUGAAAACAACCAAACUGCUUAAAGUGCGGGAAAAAGCGGGCCACCAAGUCGUGAUUGGUUUUAGUUUUGCAUCUGAUUUGUUGGGAGGAUGGACUAAUCACAGAGCGAAGUGAAGCAAAACCAAUGUAAUCCCGGAUGACUUUCGACACUCAAUUGAAAAUGGCUCUGAGCCUUUAGUGAUAGACUCUGGAAAGAAGACGUGAUGAAUGCUUUAUGUAGUUUGGCUUCUUUUUUUUUCUAUCCGCAGAGGUGUAUAUCUGGCUUCUUUGCUAUUCACUGAUGACGAGAAGCUCCUUGUAACCCUGGACGAAAAUAUCCCAAUAAUUGAAGUGGAUGAUAAUCAUCCUAGUACCUUCCUUCAAGACUUUUGUUGGUUAAUGAAGGUGCUCAUCUAGCUUAUGUUAUCACUUCACAAAACUAUGAAACUCGUACAAGUUAUGAAAUAAAUACUUAUCAAUAAAUGGACUAGCGUAGAGGGCUCUCUGAAGUAACGCGAAUAACGCGCGAGAAAGAGCAAACUCGCAAGACGUCUUACCCGCGCUGCAGGUCUAAAUCAUUCGCGUUUAGUUUAGUCAAGCACCCGCUAAGAAAGCCAUAAUAGUAUAUUACUUUUUGGUAGUAGUGUUAUUCAUACAGACUUAGAAUUGAAACUCUUGUUUGAGAUGAACGUUUUAGUUUGGACUCAUAAGGAGACAAGACAAUCUCAGCAACAUAAAUGUGACAGGUUGCAGAGGCAAUUAGCUUUGGGUAACAUGGAGAAUCUUUAUGUAUCUUUGCGAAAUAAUUUUAUCCGAACAAGUUGCAGAAAUUCUCAAAUUCAAAGUGGUUUGAAUUCUUGAGAAGCGAGGAGGCAACUUGCCGCAAUUCAUCGAGCGGAAGUAAUGCAACCAGAGUGGUUUGUUGAAGAGAGUUGGUGAUCUUGUUGUGCUUGCAGGCCUUGUGAUGUUAAAAAACAAAACAAAACAAAACAAAACAAAAAUCUGUAAGACAGAGGUCUGUUAGGUUUCAUAAUUACUUCAUUCAAGAAACUGGGAAUUUUUCUUGUUAGGGACCAAACCGCACAGGAUUAGAACCUUAGAAGAGAGUUUCCACGUCUGUAAGGGAGGGCUGGAUGGGGACUAGUUCGAUUCCAUUGAAGAAUUGCCGCUUCAUUAUGUUGAAUUUUCUUUCAUUUUAGGUGGCUUGCACUUGGAAAGAUGUUAAAAAAUUAAAGCAAGAAGUAGAGAAAAAGUGUUCAUCCACUUCAGUGCUGUUCAGAUGCAAACUACUACAAGCUGCUGAUACUCUGCAGGUUAAGAUUCGGUUUGAUUUCUGAAUAAGAAUGGUAUGCGUUCUUCACAACAGCUUCGGCGACUCCGCCGUAACUACCUGUACUGUAACGAAUGAGUACGAGAAGUUAACAUACAAAAAUCAUGUCCCCUCCACGCAUGAGCCCUCAGUAUAUUCACGACUAACACUUUAGACGAAAGAGUCUCGGCCGAAGUGUCAUCUCUAAUUGUCAUGGUUGAUUUACACGAAGUAAAGUUGUUAAAAGCCAACACAGCACUGUUGAGAGGCAUACUCUCAAUAAAUUCACGAAUCAUACAUUAAAAGGAUUUUUUUUUUCCCGUAACUUUACUUAAGCUGUUCCUAACCUGACAGAGAAACUUUAUUGGGAGAGCGUACAAAGGGAUCUCUACCAUAAAAGUUGGUAGAUACUCCUUUCCAGUCCCCUUUGGCAGUCGACAUUUUGCAGACCCUUUUAAAUGGUCACCUUUAGCUUAAACUUGCCGAACGAGUAGGACAUAUUAGAGAGACCCGGGCUGGUGUCUUUCAUUCCUUAUUACCAGACCAUGCAGAAUUAUUGAAAGGUAGCCAUUUGAUUUUUCAGGGUGCCCUUGGCAAGCAAGAUCUUGGCAGGCUACAUUACAAACCAGUAAAAGAUAGAAAUGGUAGCACUGUGAUUGUCGCCGUCAACUAUGCAAUUGUAAGUAUAGAGCUAUUUAGACAAAUUAUUGCAUGCCACAGUAAACCAUCUGACUUGCACUCCUAACACGUAUUCCGUGCGAAAUAAAUAAAAAGGAAGGCUCAGACGCUAUCCUAUGGGUCUGUUCAGGUAUUAUACCUUUGUUUGUUGAUCUUUAGUUCGACUUCCAAGGCACAGUUGCAUUUAGCCAACUGUUUUUCUCCCGGCUCUUGGAAUUUUAUUUGUUUCACUUCUUUGGAAAGCCCCACAUGCUUUCAUACUUAAAACACUGUCCAGGCUAAAUGAGUUCACUUUUUUUUUCUUGAAAAAGAAAAUGGUUUUACAUCUUCCUUUUCAUUUGUUUGUUUGUUUUUUUUCAUCCAGCAUGGCAGUUCCUUCAAGCCGCGUAUCCUGUCUCUAAAGUGGUUAUCGUUCAGUAAACUCCAGAAGAGGAUUCAGACUCCUCCAUUGCAAGGUGGGCUACAGGAUGAGUUGUUCACUGCAUCAGAGAUGCUUGUCUCCUCCAUUCAGGUGAGAACAUGAGUCCGCAUGAAAAAAGAUACUCAACAGAUUAAGAGUGACUAGUAUCUAAUUUCUCCUUACAAUAUCAUCCCAGAACCAAACAUCAAGGUCACAAGAAUAAAGGAAAUGAUCACCAAUACUCUACUCGCUCAUGAUUGUUAAACGAAUUCUCCUUGUCAGCACCUUAGAAAUGUAUUGAAAAACAGUAUGGAGAAUAUACAUACUGAUUCUAGGGUGUAAAAGCUAAAGGUAACUGUUUCAUAGAUGUUUUGACACAGAUAUUAAACUUAAGUGAAGUUCUGUUAUUCAACUUGAUGAACUCGUAAGCACUGAUGACUUGAUGGAUGGAAUUGUUCCCUUUACGAAUUAUUCACAUGGGAAAGGAAACAUUAUCUCCCAUUAUCUGAUCAGAAGUAUUUUCUUUAGUAAUUCGUUCUUAAGCUAUCCUAAGUUUCCUUGUAAAUUAGUGAGAGAAUUCAGUGUUAGAUGACACCCUGUAGCUGACAAGCCAACUACUCUCCCUGCCGUUUUGUUUGUUAUUGCAUUGUUGUUUCCAAAGGUGACCUUGGCAUACUGCUUCUUCACCAGCCUGAUGGUGUUAUUUUGUAACGGAAAAAUUUUUGAUUCCUUGUUCUUUCAGGAAAAAAUUCAUUAUUAUGAAAACAGUAAAAAGAGCCUUGAAAGGUAAGAGUUUUGUCAUUUUAACCAUUAAUUUUUUUUUCGUUCUGUUGUUUGUGUGAUCACGGAUGAAUGAAUGACAUUUCAAGGCCCCGUGAAAUACACCUUCGCCAGAUAAAGGUCCUUGGCGCCAUUUCAAGUGAUAUUUCAAGGCCCCGGGGGAAUAACCUCUGCUUGCUAAAAGCCCUUGGCAGUGCAUGAGCACUUCAUGUCUGUUUUGUUUUCUUUGUAGGGGUUUGUACAUCGGUUAUCUGAAGCUCAGAACUUUUGUGGACGCUAUUCAUGUCGUGGUUCAAGAGAACUGCCCCAACGUUCUCCCACACGUCAAGAUACGAGAUAACCCCAAUGUGUCGAGGUGAGGGGAAGUCUUUUUGAAAUCUCGCUCAUUUGACAAGUACUCCUGUUGAGUUAUUGUUUUGAGUCCAGAAAUUGUGUUACUCCUAUCAGUCAUCAUAUUAUUUUAUGGAUUGAGCAUGCGCUCUUUAGUGUUCGAGCAGGCCCUCAUCACUAGCGCUGCAGAGCGCGCGUUUCUCCACCCGCGGGAAGAUUUGAUACGAGUCGGAGAGCGGUUUGCGAAGGGUUUGGCACGAAUAAUUACCACUGUUAGACGCCUUGUAUCCUUCUCGCCGGUCUGCGUUGGUUAAGUCUUCAUACCGAAGAGCAAAUGAUUAGGGCCUGUUAGGGAGCUAACGCUCUUUGUCAGACGUUUUAUUGAGUUUACUGUGUUUUCGAUCGUAGAGAGGAGUGGCAAUGGCUUCAGACGCUGGACACUCUUAGGGUAAUUUGUUUUCCUUAUCAAACUAUACUUUAUAUUUUAUUUAUGCCUUGCACUUUUGUUUUCGUAAGAACGUAUAUUUUGUGUCCGAGGUUGUAACGAAAGUUAGUGCUCUUAAUUUGUUCAUUUUUGAGCUUGUUCUUGAGUAUUUUUCAAACGGAAUAGAAUUUCAGAUUGUUGCUGUUGUUUAUUUUUCUCUUUCGUUUUCUUCUUCUUCUGUGAAUGGGUUUAAUUGGUCUCUCGCCAUAUUUAAACUACUAAAAUGUUACUCAAUGUCACGCAUACUCAAUUCGUUUACUUGCGCGGAGUAUGCCCCUAUUAACAGCGCUGCACGAAGCGCAUUUCUCUGCCCGCGGAAUGAUUUGAGUCGAGUCGAGGAGGUUUUCCGGUGGUCUUGCACUGGUAAUACUUAACACCUUGAAGACCUCUCGCUGGCUCGCGUUGCUUAGGGAUUCAUACUUUUCCGCAGGUAAAGAAACGUUCGCUGUCUAUUGGCUAAGUUCGUAACAUGAUUUGAAAACCUGUGUGAAUCAGUUGAGCCGCAGCGUUUCUAUCUAGCAGUGAAGCUGUCUCUGUAAUUCUGUAUUAUGUGACUGAUGAGCUGCUGAUUGUGUGUUUAGGAGGGCACUCAGGACACAGAGCCAUCCAAGACUGCGCACGAGUUUCAAGUACUGGUGGCCAAAGCUGCCGAAACUUUGAUGGAGAAAGUAGGCGUUAGUAAGGAGGUACUUUCUAAGAUCUCUGUAAAUCCGUUUUUCUCUCUGUUUUUACAGUCAGAAGUGUAUGUAAGGAGUAUUUGUCUUCACUUAAGACGAGUUGGUUAGUCGUGCUCUUGCUCUUGUCUCUCACUGAGUAAAGUCGACUCCAACUGAGUCAAACCCUCUCAGUCAACAGUCAACAGAGAACAAGUCAGGGUUAUUGUCGGGUUAGGGGAGGGGUAGGUGCGCAGUUGCUCUCAUACUAACAUUGAUCCGGUUUUUUUUAUGGAAUUCCGUCAUACACUUAUUGUACCUGCACCAAUGGGAACUCGAAUCCUCGAUGACUCGAACCUCCCAGUAGCUCGUUGCCUUUGAUGACAUUGUCGAUGUUGUUUUGCCCCCGAUAAAUCCAGUCAAUUCGUUACAAGUCAAGGUAUUUGUAGUCCUAACUUAAGUGAUACACUGUUAAUUUUACCCCUCUUGCUUUGUUCCUUGUUACCAGGCUUCCAAACUUCACAGAAUAUAUGACCGAGAGGUUGUUGAAUUGGAUGAGAAUGUGUCAUUUAUCAUUGUGUUCCCACCCCCUGAGGAAGUCUGUAGUGCUCCAGGACAAGUGGACUCACUCUCACAUCACAAAGGCUACAUCUCCUUACCUGUGCAAACCUUUGAAAUGAGUAAGUAUAAGAUGUAGGUCAUAUUCUGGUGAAGUUCUGAGGUUUUGUGAAGAAAAAUUUCAAUUUACGAGCAUCUUUGGCUGAAGCAUUGGCGAAAUCCCCUCUGGCAAAGAUUUUUUCUUGAGCCGUUAAUCCAACGUGUUAAUUAUGUAUCAAGACAUCGUAAUGUGGAAUACCUGUGGUAGAUCUCUCAGUCGUAAUUGUUUUAUGUCAUAACGCACCGCUCAUUCUACACAUGCCGUGAACUAAAUAUAUUAAGGUCACCGUCCGUCUAUCGCGCUCGGUAUCAGGGUGGUUUACUGUAUGGUAUGCUUACGUGCACUGAGGCAACAAUGGUAGUGUUACCAACUAUUUUCUCCCAAAGGAGAGAUAGUUAUCAGCCGUGAACAGUUUUUUCUGCCUCAUUGGGGUAGAUUAACAUAUCAACCAUGCAGAUUACCAGACAGAAACAUGCAGUGAUACAUUUAUGGUACUCAUGUGGGAAGUGGCUGUGAUGAUGAAGUGAUAUGGCCACAGAAUACGCUUGAUAUCGUGGCAUUAGCUAAAGACAUGUUCUGUUUAAAUUCCAGUUCACAUGUAUACGUACCAGCAAGAGUUUAUCUGCCAUUAUUCUCGUCUCUCAUCCGUUCUGGAUAUGGACUCUGUCAUCUCACAGCAGUCUCUCAGAGAGGUAAUGUGGCUUUUUUAAUUCAUUCGAAAGACUUGAGUAUCGCUCUUCACUGCACAUCAAUCGAACAGGCUUCGAACUUUCUUCCAGCGUGGUUUUAGAGUAACGAUAAUUGAUAAUUUUCCAUUGGCGGAGUGAAACGAAAAGGGUGUGGGUGGGUCAGUCAAUCUUUGGUGGCAGUUCUUUUUGUUACAUCUGCCAUUACUAGGCGUUUACUGUCUUAUGUAUUAACUUCGCCAGUUGUGUAACUCUUGAUACUCGAUGUGCAUGUUAAGUACUGUUAAGUUUUUUAUAGAGGUUAGGUUGUUGCGGUCAGCUUGGCGAAGCUACCAGUAGUGUGUUUGAUGAAAAUACCAAUUUUAACCAAAGAAUUCUGCCAAUAACUUCUCACGUGGCGCCAACGUGUGUUUUUAUUUACCAACCUCUUCACUUAAUUUUUUUUUCCUCUCCCUCUUUCAAAAAGGCAUUUUCAUCACCCGAGGUACAGUUAGCAAAAGCACGACAAGAGCAGCUGUUGGAUUUCCAGCGGGUAAGUUAACAAGUUAACUAUUAAGAGAAAAAUUUUUGUAUUGUCAGAAAAUGGCAACUACGUGAGAUAGUCCAAAAAAAGCACAGUGACUUAGUUACAUGAAGUAAAACUUUUUCAAUGAUUUGCCGAGGGGACUAUCGUAAGAUUCAUCGGAAUUCGAUUUGUUUACCACGUGAUUAGACUAGAAUAAAGUUCAAAUUGCUUCGACCGCACAGAAGCCUGUUAAGAAGCUUGCUUUGAAAUUGUUCUUUUUCCGUUCUAAAGGAACUUGACGAAACAUGGCAAGGAAUGCGUUGGAUAUUGGAUGCCCUACAUUACGCGAGGGAUCGUCAAAUUCGAGGUGGCAUACCUCUGGUGGAGGUGUUUCAAUACUCAGUUUCUCACCCGGACGGCCAGUGCUGUGUUUGUUCGUCUGAUUUAAGAGGCAAAGUCCUCUGCAAUGGACAUAGUGAGUAUCUGGUCUUGUAUUUGUUUCAAUUAAAAGUUAAGGAUGACAAACAAAAUUCAAGACUUGCUUUACGUUAUACCCGUUUGUUUUUUGAAGAUUUUUUUUUUAACAUCAAUUUUCUGUAAAAUUCUCAUUGAUGUAGUUUGAUUCUGUUACGUAUUUGAAUGAUAUGCUAACCAUUUUUAUCGAUAUAGUAGUUACUUUACUGCCACUCUGUAACGGUCACUUCUCCGGCUUCUAUGGCCUCUUCCCUUUGUCUUCAAAGUGGCCGUUGUGAAGAGUUUCGAUUGUAUUGUCUAAUGUAGUGGUUUAUCUUUCGUCAGAUUCCUCAUCAAGCAAUAGCCCCAGACAAGGAGUGGUUCAAAUUCAUACAGCAGGAGAAACAAGCUUACCUCCCGGAGCCACAGUAACGGUAUCAUGAAUAUACUUGAUAGUCGGAAACGAAGGCUCGAUAAGACUAUUAUUAAGACUAUGAUCUUUUGCAAUGUCUCCUAAUUUGUAAAUAGGAUCAGGAAAAAGAUAUAGAGAGCCUCGAUACAAGUUCAAUUUUCUGCAGCGCUGUUUCCUGUUGAUCCAAUAGUGGUUUUAAAUCUUUCGAAUACUGAAGUGCUUUGACGUGAAUCAAUGACGUUUUUCGAGAUUGGACUGGAAGUAAGAAUUCUGCCACUAUAGAUACCAAAGAGAAUUGUUCAUUGUAAACAACAAUUUCUUCAAGGUUGUUAACUUUUUUUUGUACUCGACCUGGCAAAAUAGAAUAGAAACUACAUUUCAUCUUUCUGUAGAGACAUCGGGCCUUCAUGUCUCAAAAUUUGCCGAGUGGGUGUGUUUCAAAAAUGAAAAUAACUGUUACGUCUCAUUUUUUAUGGGUAGUGGUUCUUCUUCCCUCUAGGUAUGGGCCGUUUUGGAUGUUGAAUUAUUACAUCCCUUUAACAGUUGGUAACUAGCAGUUUUUUGAUGUUGUCUUUUUGUUUAUAUUUUUUGUCGUAUAGCUUCAUAUAACGCCUGCAACAAGAUCGGACGAAGUGGUCAAGAUGGUUGUACAACAGCUGUAUAAGAAAUGCCAAGACAGAGAUAAAUCUUCCUAUUGGCACAAUCUCUCUGACAAGAAAUUGAAAGACUUAUGUUUAGUUGCAGUAAUCGGUGGACAAGAGAAAUGUUUUAGGGACGAUUUUAAGCCACUACAGCUUCAAAAUCCGUGGAAACGAGGAAAGUUGUAUCUCAGACUACGCGCUGAUGCCUUCGCAGCGUCUGCUACAGGAAAUUUCACAAGUGUCUAAAUUUCAAUCACUUAAGACGAGCACCUGUUCCUAUGGAGCCAUGUAGUUCUGAGUGUUGAAGAUUUUCCAAAGAAAAACUCGUGCCACAUACUGCAGCAACCAAUCACGUAAGGGUACAACACAUUGCGAUGUGGUAACGUGUUAUCCUCUCCCAGCACGGAUGUCACGUUUCCCGCGCUCUUCACCGCUUACUCUUAGUUUCUUUGAGGUCCGAUUGGUUUGUUUUGUGAACCACGUGACAAUCUCUAGAAAAUCCUCAGAGUUUCAAACCAAUACUAAAGGUACUCUAUCUUUGCAAUUUUCCUUAACUGGUGCUAACCGUAAUUACUGCGAAAAUCAGAGCAGAGCAUUCGUUUAUUAGCAUCAGGAGGAUAAUUUAAAGGUUCCAAAUUAAACGCAUCAGAUUCCAAAGCUGAAGCGGCCAAAUCGAGAUUGAGUGGAAAUAGUUAACCAAAACCGAUAAAAACAGUGUUUUUAAAGGCAAAGAGAUGCCCAAAUGUGUUAGAUUUUCUCGAACGCAGAAGCGACAGAAAAUGUGAAAAACUGCUAGUACCAGAUUUAAAAUGACCUUAAAGUGAGAGUAGUGUCAAGAUUCUUCGGCACAUUGUGUUUUUUAUUAUUUAAAAAGGAUGAAAUCCUCCUGUUGGUAAUCAAGAUGGGUGAAUCCAUCGUAAAUCUAGGGACAAAAAAUUUACUGUAUGUUAGUUUGAAAAUUUAGGUAUAUAACAAAUGGAAUAUAUUUAAGGAGUAAAAAAUAAUGUCGGAAUUAAUUAAUUUCUUUGUAUGAUAAGAAUGAUUUUGUACAUAUUGGUGGUCUUGGAGUAAUUAUUUAGGUUUUCGUUUGUCGGCUUUUUUUUUCCCUAAUUUGGUUUAAUUUUGCCAUGGAUUAACUUAACUUCAGUUUUGCUUUUUAGCUUUUGUGACAGUGACAUUUCCACUGGAGAAGGCGAAAAAAUGAAUUUUUCGUUACUAAAUCUUUCCUAGUCACGUUUUACAGUAAAAAAGACCUGAUUUUGUUAUUAGGUAUUCAUAGUUUUUCGAGCAAGAAGAACGGCUUUACACUCGAGAUACGGUUGUAUGGCCCCAAAAGUUUUCACAGCAACACUGUAGAAAACUUAGUUUAAAGUCUUAUAGUUUCGGUUUGAAACCUCUCUCCUUUACUCGUCAAGUCAAUCGCGUUUGGUGUGGACUUGGUGACCGCGCAUUUCCUUCUUGUAUGUGCAGUGUUCGUUGUUUUACUUGGUUGAGUUAUACGAUUGGUCAGAUAGUUUUCUUUUUGUUCAUUUGUUUAAAGCACUUCUGUCUUGCCUGUUGGUGUCAAGACGAAGUUAGGAUUUGUCUCAUGGCCAAGGCGUUUGUUUCCACUCAUGGGAUUUGUGUUGACCAGAUUACACUUAAGAAUAGAAAACAUUAAAAAAGAAAGAAACAGGAGAGCUGGCUCCCCCUAUGAAUGUAUCAUAUUUAUUCCCUAGUCAGUCUUGCAGGAAGAUAUUUUUCACGACAGUUUUUCAAAUCCUCCAUAGGCGAUAUUCCUAUUUAGGCAGCUCUAACAGAAAUGUAUUCAAGUCUUGUUUAUCACAAAAGAAGUUUCCACCUGGUCUACGUUGUUUGACAGAAGGUAAACGUUUAAGUGAAAAUCGUAUUUAUUGUGAGAUUGUUGUUUAAAAUCACCAUUGUGUUUAAUUUAUUACUGAUAUUUUCACCUCUUGAGGAGGAAUCUAGAAUAUUUUUAGGCUCUGGGAGUUUGAUAAGUCUGGAAGAGUGCUUGAAGUGUUGAGAGCACUCAUUUGUGUCACUUUUUCCGUUUCAUCGUAAUUCAUCGCAUUUUUGGGUUAAAGCAGUUGAAUGUGGAUAUUGUGUUAUUUUAUACGUAGAAAUGUUUAUCUCCUUAGAAAGAUAGCAAUAAGUUUUAUAAAGCAAUUUUAGACUGAAACUGGCUGGGUUUUACGUGCGCUAAACGCAAAGCGGAACGCUUUUGGUUAUUUCAGCUCUAACUUUGUUUGCUCCCAGAGUAUUGAUUGAGUUAACAUGUGCAGCGGGUGAAAUGUUGAUGCUAAGAUAGACUAAAACAAAUAAACAG